UCCGAAACGGCGGUAAACACGCUCAAUGCAGUGUACUUUGAGCUGCAACCGAGUAAAACAAAGGACGGUGAGGAGGAGAGGUGAAGUUGGCGGUAGACGUCUACGUUCUGGGGGCGCGGCGGCCUUUUUAUCACUCUAUGUGUACCAAAAGUUGACUUCUGCAUACUGUGCGCCUGAUUGGGCCACGUUCGGCAUCGUCUGGGGAUGGUCCUGGAAGUCCUAGGGGUUUUAGCGCAGCCUGCCACCGCCCGGGCCCCGGCUUCUGCUCGCCAAAACUUCACAAGCACAAAGCCUAGAGCCAUGUCCACUUUUCCACUCGGCUCGUGAAUCGUGUCUUCUAUUUUCUCUCGACAGCCACUCAUCCUCUCAACGAUGAGGUCCUCAUUGCUGCCACUGCUGUUGGUAGCCCUUGCGGCGCUCGUCGCUGCUUGGAGCAAGGAAGACCAUGAGAUCUUCCGCCUCCACGACGAAGUCACUGCCCACGAAGGCGCAAACACGACCUUCUACUCCUUCAUUGGCGUCUCGCCCUCCGCAACCCAGGACGAGCUCAACAAAGCCUACCGCAAGAAGUCGCGCUCACUACACCCGGACAAAGCUGUACGUAGCUGGGAAGCUGAAUACGCGCUGAAGCACAAAAAGUCCCAGAAAGGCACCAAGCCUGGCGUCAAGGUUUCGAAGGGACCCUCCAAGAAGGAACUCGAGAAAUACCGUGUCGAAGCCUCUGAGCGCUUCGCCCGUCUUGGUCUUGUCGCUGGCGUGCUGCGUGGCCCUGGUCGCGAUCGCUACGACCAUUUUCUCCGCAAUGGCUUCCCGACAUGGCGCGGCACCGGGUACUACUACGCACGCUUCCGGCCCGGGCUGGGCAGUGUCUUGUUCGGACUGUUCAUUGUCGGCGGCGGUUUCGCGCAUUAUGGUGCCAUGUUACUGAGCUGGAAGCAGCACCGCGAAUUUGUGGAGCGCUAUGUCCGACACGCGAGACGUACGGCGUGGGGUGACGAGACGGGAAUCCAGGGGCUGGACAACAUUGGCGAGACGGUCGCUGCACCACCACCAGCGCAGCCACAGCAGAGCGAGGAGGCAGACGGCAUGCAGCUGCUAAACCGUCGACAAAAGAGACAGCAGGAAAAGGAGGACAAGAAAGCAAGCAAGAAGCCCGGCGGCAAGAAGAGCGGCAAUGGAUCGAGCACACCGCGCGGGUCGGGCGUGUCCACGCCCGUGUCUGCGCCCGUCGAUGCAACACUCACGUCAGGUCCGGUUGGCGCGAAGAAGCGCGUGCGCGCCGAGAACGGCAAGACUCUCGUCGUCGACUCUGUCGGCAACGUCUAUCUCGAGGAAACGACCGAGGACGGCCAGACGCACGAGUAUCUGCUCGACCCCGAGGAGAUCCCACGUCCGUCCAUCUACGACACGCUCGUAUUCCAGGCGCCGAAAUGGGCGUGGCGGAAGUCUGUAGGGAAAUUCUUCACUAGCAGCGACGCUGAGCCCGACUCGCCCGUUGAUGAGCCGACUGUCUUGACUCCGACGACGAGCGAGGACGAAGCGGUCGAGAAGCUGAAGGGCGCCAUGGCCGCAAACCCGAACAGCGAGGCCAGGAAGCGCAAUGUAAAGAACCGCGCGCACAGGAAAUAGCGCGCGUGCGAAGGCUCAGUAGAGUCUUUGUAUGUGUCACAAAAAAGUGUUUUUGUUUUCGCCCAUGUACAGUUUCACCCAUAGUGUGUAUACAUAGAACUUGCCAAUUGUAUGUAUUGCUACAGA